AUGCCAAGCAGCAGCGCUGCCAUCUCCUCAACCGAGCCGCUGCACCUCCCUCCCCCCCAGUCACUGCUGUUCCAGGAGCGCCUUACUGGCCUCGGUUUCCGCCACAGCGGAGAGGUGGCUUGGCAGCGGCAGGCGGGCUUAGCGCCGCCGCCCGACCCCCCUGGGGAGCUGGGACCUGGCGAGGUGGCGGCGGCGGGGGACGAGGGAGACUUGGAGCUGGAGGAGGAGUUGCUGCUGGCGGGGGCGGACGACGAGGAGGAGGGGGACUCGGCCGCGCUACUGUUCCCCGCGUCCUCCUCGCCCUCCCAGCCGCUCCCGCUGCUGCCAGCGCUGGGCUCCGUCCUGUUCUCGUCCUCUUUCGAUGCCCAGGGGGCGGUGGAGCCCCUCUGCGAGACCGACGAGCCUCACGGCGUGAUGGCGGCGAUGCUAUCUCACGCCUAUGGCAACGGGGGGGCGGCGGGCCUCAGCGGCGAGCCGGCGGCCCUACUCCGCCGAAAGAGCAUCAACACCACCGAGUGCGUGCCCGUGCCCAGCUCCGAGCACGUGGCCGAGAUCGUGGGGCGUCAGGGUUGCAAAAUAAAAGCUCUAAGGACCAAGACAAAUACUUAUAUUAAGACCCCUGUUCGUGGAGAAGAACCCAUCUUUGUUGUCACUGGACGAAAAGAGGAUGUAGCCAUGGCCAAAAGGGAAAUUCUCUCAGCUGCUGAACACUUCUCCAUGAUCAGAGCAUCACGCAACAAGAACAAUCCUGCCCUGGAAGGCUUGCUAUGUGCCCCCAACCUGCCAGGUCAGACAACAGUCCAAGUCAGGGUGCCUUACCGUGUAGUUGGGCUAGUGGUUGGACCUAAAGGAGCUACAAUCAAAAGAAUUCAGCAGCAGACUCAUACCUACAUAGUCACUCCCAGCAGAGACAAGGAGCCUGUCUUUGAAGUGACAGGAAUGCCUGAAAAUGUUGACCGUGCGCGUGAGGAGAUAGAGAUGCAUAUAGCCAUGCGUACUGGGAACUACAUAGAGCUGAACGAAGAGAAUGAUUUCCAUUACAAUGGUAUGGAUGUGAGCUUUGAAGGAGGCACUUUUGGAUCUGCAUGGCUUGCUUCUAAUCCUGUUUCUCUUAGCUGCAUCAGAAUGGCUUCUAAUUAUAGAAAUGAUAGCUCCAGCUCCUUGGGAAGUGGCUCCACAGAUUGCUAUUUUGGAAGCAAUAGAUUGGCUGACUUCAGCCCAGGCAACUCCUGGUUUGGAGAAACACUGCCUUCAGUGGGCACGGAAGACCUCAUGGUUGACUCUGCCACAUAUGACUCCUUUCCAAUGCCUUCCCAAAACAUUUGGACUCCUUUUGAACCUGUAAACUCUCCCUCCAGCUUUGAUAGUGACCCAGCUAGUAAUGUCAAGCCUUGGUGCCGAGGGAGCCAACCAUCUACUCCUUGUCUGUCACCCACAUUUCUGGAAAGUCUGGAUCACCCACUGGCUGGUAGAGUGAGGAGUGACCCACCUAGCACUGGCCACCAAGCUGGCCUUCCCAUAUACAUCCCUACCUUCUCCAAUGGUACCAACAGCUAUUCCUCUUCUAACGGUGGCUCCACCUCUAGCUCACCCCCUGAGUUGAGACGGAAGCAAGACUGCAUGAUCUGCUUCGAGAGCGAAGUCAUUGCAGCUCUCGUCCCCUGUGGCCACAAUCUCUUCUGCAUGGUGUGUGCCAACAAAAUCUGUGAAAAGGAAAUGCCAUUAUGUCCUGUUUGUCAGACAACAGUUACUCAGGCAAUCCAAAUUCACUCUUAA